AAAUUAAAGAGAUUUUCUUUGGUCAUGCUUUUUAAUUUAUUGUUUUCCUCCAAAAUAUUAAUUAAUAUUCUUUCUAAAAUAUAAAUGGAGUCUUCAAAUAGCACAGAAGCAGAGACAGAGAGCGGGAACGCGUAUAGUUACAGCUUUCUUCUCCUUUAGCUUUCCUCUCUACUAUUGCUUCUCUCUCUCCUCUCUUCGCUGCUUCUUGAGAUCUGUGCUUGCGUUUCUUCUUCAUUCGACGACAUUUUAGCUCGGGAGAUUUCAGAUUUGUCGAUUUGCUCAGCAAUGGCGCCACCGAUUGAGGUUUCUACCAAAACCUACGUUGAGAAACAUGUUUCACUUCCUACUCUUAAUGAGAGGAUACUUUCGUCCAUGAGCCACAGAUCAGUUGCUGCACACCCAUGGCAUGAUCUCGAGAUAGGACCUGAGGCCCCAAUUAUCUUCAAUUGUGUGGUUGAGAUAGGAAAAGGGAGCAAGGUGAAGUAUGAACUUGACAAAACUACCGGUCUCAUUAAGGUCGACCGUAUUCUUUACUCAUCUGUCGUAUACCCACACAACUAUGGGUUCAUUCCGCGUACCCUUUGUGAGGACAGUGACCCUAUUGAUGUUCUUGUCAUUAUGCAGGAACCGGUGAUCCCAGGAUGCUUUCUUCGGGCCAAAGCUAUUGGUCUGAUGCCAAUGAUUGACCAGGGUGAGAAAGACGACAAGAUUAUUGCUGUCUGCGCUGAUGAUCCAGAGUAUCGCCAUUACAACGACAUCAGUGAGCUUCCGCCUCAUCGUAUGGCUGAGAUCCGCCGUUUCUUUGAAGACUAUAAGAAAAACGAGAACAAGGAAGUAGCCGUUAACGACUUCCUUCCUGCAACUGCAGCCUACGACGCAGUUCAGCAUUCCAUGGAUCUCUAUGCAGACUACGUCGUGGAGAACCUAAGACGUUGAGUUUUUACCACCCAAGCAAUGAAAUGAAAAGCUCACAACUGCAUUUUUCAUAAAUAUAAGUAUACAUAUAAAUGUCAGGCUUCCCAAAGGAUAUAUUUGUGUAUGUCCUCUGAUGAAUCCGUUAGAUGAUGCCGAUAAUUCAAAGACUAAAACAGAGAUUUUACUCAUUUGUGUUCAUCACUUUUCUAAUUUUGGAGUCAUUUCCUAUCUUGCUUUGU